AUGGCUUUUCGGGAACCCAGUGGCGACGGGCAAUUUCUUUUUUUCUUUCUUCUUUUGGCAUUGCAUGCAUCACAAGCCGUGAAGGUUGAGGAACCAACAUUUCGGUAUUUGUUGAUUGCUCUGGGUGUUUCAUUGUUGAAUAUUAUUUUUUUAUUUUAUUUUCUGGCGGUGAAAUUUGUUGUUGUUGUUGUUCUAUGUGUUUUCUUCUUCUCUUUUCUUUUUUUUUUCUUUUUCUCCAACAGAAGGGAAAUGGACCCGUUUGCCUUUAUUGUGCAGGGCCUUGAAAAACCCGUGCGUGUGCACACGGUGAGCAACGAGACAGUGGAUGGUACGCUGUUGGCGGUGGAUGAUCACUGUAACGUGAUGUUGCGGGGGUGGAAGGUGGUGGGGGACGACACGAAAGGCGUAGAGGGGCCGGCAUCAUCGUCCCUAUUAGCCCCUAUUCGUUUUAUUCGUGGCGCACAAAUAAAAACCAUUACACUUGUACAGUAG